AUGUCGCAGACCAAGGCCGCCGCCGCUGCUACCCCUGCCGGAGCCGCCCCGACCAGGACCAAGAAGCAGAACCCGAUGCGCAAGCUGAAGAUCGACAAGCUGAUCCUCAACAUUUGCGUGGGUGAGAGCGGAGAUCGUCUUACCCGUGCCGCCAAGGUGCUCGAGCAGCUCUGCGGUCAGACCCCCGUCCAGUCGAAGGCCCGCUUCACCAUCCGUACCUUCUCGAUCAAGCGUAACGAGAAGAUCGCCGUUCACGUCACCAUCCGUGGCGAGAAGGCCGCUGAGAUCCUCGAGAAGGGCCUCAAGGUCAAGGAGUACGAGCUCAACGCCAGGAACUUCUCCGACACUGGCUCCUUCGGCUUCGGUAUCGACGAGCACAUCGAUCUCGGCAUCAAGUAUGAUCCCCAGAUCGGUAUCUACGGCAUGGACUUCUUCGUCGUGCUUGCCCGCCCUGGUUUCCGCGUCGGUCGCCGCAGGCGUUGCCAGAACAGCGUCGGCACCAACCACCGCGUGUCCAAGGACGAGGCCAUCAAAUGGUUCGAGGACAAGUUCGAGGGUGUCGUGCUCCGCAAGAAGUAA